UGGGUUAAUAUGGAUGAUAACCCUGAUGUAUUUGCUUUCUGUUUUUACUGUGAUGAACCAUGUGGUGUUCCUUUUCUUGAUGCAUCUCCUACAUGGCAUUGCCUAUGGUGUCAGCGCCUCAUUCAUGUCAAAUGUCAUGCCAAAAUGGAGAAAGAAUCUGGUGAUGUUUGUGAUCUGGGUCCUCUUAAAAGGACUAUUCUUUCUCCACUCUGCGUUAAAGAAGUUGAUGAAGCAAACAGUGGAGUUGGAAUGCUAACUUCUAUCACAAAGGAAAUUAUAUCUUCUUCUGUUUAUGGUCAGAUUAAAAGAAGGAACCACCGCAGCAUCCGUGGAAGUAGUCGUUCUAUUAAUGGUAAGUUGCAAGAUGCUUCAGUGACUGAUACAGCUGUGGAUUAUGCGCUUAAUGGCCUUGCUGAUUUGAAGAGGCCCAGUGUUGAUUUGAAUAUUGAUUACAAAAAGAAGGAUGGCAAACCACUCAGUGUAAAGGGGAUCCAUAAUGGGUUAAGACAAAGAAAAAAUGGAACUGCCACCUAUUGUCAAAUUAAGAAACUUGCACUGGUUGAUUUGCCGCAAGAUGCCAGACCUGUUUUGGUAUUUAUAAAUGCCAGGAGUGGAGGUCAAGAUGGGCCUACUCUUCGGAGGAGACUGAACAUGCUAUUAAACCCUGUGCAGAUUUUUGAAUUGACUGCUUCUCAGGGCCCUGAGGUGGGUUUGGAUUUGUUCAGUAAAGUACAAUACUUUAAGGUUUUGGUCUGUGGUGGAGAUGGCACCGUUUCAUGGGUCCUUGAUGCAAUCGAGAAGCACAAUUUUGAAUCACCUCCACCUGUUGCUAUCCUUCCACUCGGUACAGGAAAUGAUUUGUCAAGGGUACUGCAGUGGGGAAGAGGUUUUUCUACAGUUGAUGGACAAGGUGGCUUGACCACACUUUUGCAGAACAUUAAUCAUGCUGCAGUUACAAUGGUAGAUCGCUGGAAAGUAAAUAUUAGAGAAGAAAAUCCAGAACGCAAAGUUAAUAAAAUGCAAUCCAAGUUCAUGAUGAACUAUUUAGGUAUUGGAUGUGAUGCAAAGGUUGCUUAUGAAGUUCAUGUUACUCGGGAGAUAAAUCCAGAAAAGUUCUGUAGUCAGUUUGUUAAUAAAUUGCGAUAUGCCAAAGAGGGUGCCAGGGAUAUAAUGGAUAGAACUUGUGCUGAUUUACCAUGGCGAGUUUGCCUUGAAGUCGAUGGGAAAGACAUUGACAUUCCAAAGGAUUCUGAGGGUUUAAUUGUGCUCAACAUUGGCAGCUAUAUGGGUGGAGUAGAUCUUUGGCAAAAUGACUAUGAGCAUGAUGAUGAUUUUACUGUGCAGUCCAUGCAUGAUAAAUUGCUUGAGGUUGUAUGUGUUUGUGGAGCAUGGCACCUUGGCAAACUUCAGGUUGGACUUUCCCAAGCUAGAAGACUAGCUCAAGGGACAGUCAUAAGAAUACAUUCUUCCAGUCCUUUCCCAGUUCAAAUAGAUGGGGAGCCAUUCAUGAAGCAACCUGGAAGCAUAGAAAUAUCACACCAUGGGCAGGUGUUCAUGUUACGGAGGGCUUCUGAGGAGCCCAGAGGGCAUGCAGCUGCAAUCAUGGCAGACGUGUUAGUGGAUGCUGAGUGCAGAGGCAUUAUCAAUGCAUCUCAGAAGAAAGUACUUCUCCAGCAGAUGGCCCUCCUUCUCACUUGAUCUUUUUCUCCUAGUCUGGCUGACGUGAGUCCCUCGUUCUUCCCUUUUUUUUUUUUUUUUUGGUUGUUGAGGCAGAAUAGGUUUUUCUUACACUAAUUUUUUUUUUUGUUGUUGCAAAAUUACUCCUUUUUGUGCCAGUACUUGUAUACUCAAGCAGGAGAGAGAGAGAGAGAGAGAGAGAGAGAGAUGAGCGGCUCCGAUUGUUUAAAAAUAUGCUGAGAUUUAAUGGGUUUUCACUCAAAAAAAGAAAAAGAAAAAGAAAAUAUAUUCGGGGUUACAAUCCCAUUUUUCUAUUAAGUUUUGUGUCAUUUCCAUUAAGUUUUGUAGCCUUUUGUACAGAAUAUGAAUAGAGAAUGAGUUUGGUUUCAUCGUAUGUAAAAAUACAGUAAAAUAACCAAACCAAGUGAGAUUUCGAUUUCUGACUAUCACGUGUUAAAACAAAUGGAUUCUUUUAUUUAUCAUCUUCACGGGUCAGGGAGACA